CAAUUCCGCAGCGGAACAGUGUAGGUUCGCAAUAAACAUCAGCCGAUCGAAGAAAAGAGACUAUUUAUUUAGUUUUUCAGGCACUUGUUGUAGGAGGCUAGCAGCCGUCCAACUCGUUCUUGCGCAGUCGGCCUCUCAUAUUGUGGGGUAAGACGAGGAAGGACGUAUUUGGGCAACCCAGACUCGGUCUUGCAAUCAAAUUAAGUAAUAUAUUACUUUCGAGCAGCCAGCAGGAAUGAGCACCUCAAGGGAGGAGUCUCCAGAUUGGCUGCGCUCUUUCCAGGUACCAUCAACUCAUUCAACGGUGUCAUUAUCGUCAGAUUCCGAGUCUUCACUGAAUGGUGUUCCUUCAGGGGAGGAUCAAUCUGAUUGCCACGUACUGUCUCCACCUAAAUUUUCUAAAAUUCCUGAUGAAGAUGAGAGUUUAGAUAAAACUCUUACGAAAUCUGUUUCAGAGUCUCCAUCAAAAAAGAGAUUAAAAAGCAACUCUCCGAAACAAGGGAAAAACGUAGAAGAUCAAAUAUCCCUGAAAAAGAAGAAACUAGACAAACCCAAGGAAGAAGGAAAUUGUGGUGAUGUGGAAGUUGCAGACGAAGAAGCAUCCGACAAGCCUGUUGAGCCUCAUGUAUCCUCAAAGUUGCCCUUGGUGCUCUCUGAAAAAGUCCAACGUUCAAAGGCACUUGUUGAGUGUGAAGGAAAUUCAAUAGAUUUGAGCGGUGAUAUGGGUGCUGUAGGACGGGUAAUAAUUUCAGAUUCUAAAUCAGCAAAUCGGGAAAUGUACCUUGAUUUGAAAGGUACCGUAUACAAAACAACAAUAGUUCCUUCCAGGACAUUUUGUGUUGUUAGCUUCGGUCAAUCAGAGGCAAAGAUUGAAGCUAUCAUGAAUGACUUUAUUCAGCUGAAACCACAAUCAAAUGUUUAUGAAGCUGAAACAAUGGUUGAAGGAACCCUAGAUGGUUUCUCAUUUGAUUCAGAAGAUGAAACUGACAAACUUCCUAAAGCCAUUCCGCAUCAAACUAAUCAAAACGAGGAAGAUGGUGAAGAACAAACUAAGGGGAAAACCAAGGGGAAAGCUGAGAAAGCAUUGACUGUUGUAAGGAAGAGGGGUAAAACUGCUGGAGAGAAGCCACAGCCAACGAAGAAAGCAAGAAAGAAAACUCAAGUUUCCAAGAAAGCCAAGAGCAAAAAAUGAGACGUACAAUUGUGUUUAUCAUUUGUUGUUACUGCAACAAAUCAUAAAUCAGUAACUAGAUAUUAGUUCUCAUAUUGACGAAAGUAGAGUUGAUUGAGGAUGAUUUAGUGACAGAUUAUUGUAUAAUGAUGGCCAUUGGUGGCCAAUAUUUUGAAAUUUUAACCUACACAGAUUCGUGGUUACAUACAAUAUGGAUUGCCUACAAUUAACUGAGCCAGGAUCUUUAUGGUUAUAUCUUCAUGAAUCAUAAAACGUCAUGCUUAGAACCAUGUCGUCGACCCUUGUUUUGUAACUCCUUUCGCAUACUAAAGGCUUCGGAUUCCUUUCA